AUGGAGCCGACUCUUACCUUCAUGUCGUCCGACGAUACUGCCACCACCUACGAGAAGAAGUGUCCUGAAACAACUACUCCAACUCCUACACCUUCGUCGACGUACUUGUCCGAAGAAUCAGCACGAGAAGCGUCUCUCGACAGCAUGAUAUCCUGGGCGCGGUCAUUCUACAAAACCGCCGUACCAAUAGAGACACCAGAAGCAGAAAUCGACGGUUGCAUUCCUUUCACCAUGCUUCAAGGCCCCGAGACAUGGGAGUACCACAUGACCAUGCCGAGUGCAAUAACCAGGAACGGUGCUUGUUCAUGGACGGGUGUGCUAACCGAAGUCCCCGUCACGUGCGACGCGGAUUAUUACGAUGAGAAAUAUUCUAUUCUAAGUGGAACACCCACGGUUUUCUCGCAAUCGGAAUUGAGAGCAUGGACAGAUCUGAAGUUUGCUAUGGCUACUAUCGUGGGCGCUACGUCCACACCCACACCGGCAAGCACGGGUGACGCGAGUGGGGCUGAGGAAACUGGGGUAGAGGCUUCGGACAGCGAAGGACGGGCGCCGGGUAUGCCGCUGCCGACUGGCGCGAUGAUGAUGGCCGGUGGAGCAGCAGCGUUUGGUGGAGUGGCUUGGGGAUUCUAA